UGAAUGGUAGUGUCUAGAAAGGGUAUGUCCCUUCAAGAGAGAGGUGCCAAUGUCCAACCGGCCUAAUAACAAUCCAGGGGGGUCACUGCGACGUUCACAGAGGAACACUGCCGGGGCCCAACCACAAGACGACUCAAUAGGAGGAAGGUAUGUAUUUCAUGGUAAUUUGAAAUGGAAUUGGGAAUACAAGAAAAAAUCUUUAAAAAAAAAAAGGGGGGGGGGGGGUCACCUGUUUGGUCCUCUUGGUCCUCGGAUGUCAAAAAAAAAAAAUAGGGGGGGGGGAAGCGGAGCUAGUUCUAAGGCCCAGCAGCUACUACAAGGAUUGCAAGCCAGUGAUGAAAGUCAACAGCUUCAGGCAGUUAUUGAGAUGUGUCAGUUGCUGGUCAUGGGAAAUGAGGAGACACUGGGAGGGUUUCCUGUCAAGAGUGUUGUUCCAGCUUUGAUUACAUUACUUCAGAUGGAGCAUAAUUUUGAUAUUAUGAACCAUGCUUGUCGAGCCUUAACAUACAUGAUGGAAGCACUUCCUCGAUCUUCUGCUGUUGUAGUAGAUGCUAUUCCUGUCUUUUUAGAAAAGCUGCAAGUUAUUCAGUGUAUUGAUGUGGCAGAGCAGGCCUUGACUGCCUUGGAGAUGUUGUCACGGAGACACAGUAAAGCCAUUCUACAGGCGGGUGGUUUGGCAGACUGCUUGCUGUACUUAGAGUUCUUCAGCAUAAAUGCCCAAAGAAAUGCAUUAGCAAUUGCAGCCAAUUGCUGCCAGAGUAUCACACCAGAUGAAUUUCAUUUUGUGGCAGAUUCCCUCCCAUUGCUAACCCAAAGGCUAACACAUCAGGAUAAAAAGUCAGUAGAAAGCACUUGCCUUUGUUUUGCACGCCUAGUGGACAACUUCCAGCAUGAGGAGAAUUUACUCCAGCAGGUUGCUUCCAAAGAUCUGCUUACAAAUGUUCAACAGCUGUUGGUAGUGACUCCACCCAUUUUAAGUUCUGGGAUGUUUAUAAUGGUGGUUCGCAUGUUUUCUCUGAUGUGUUCCAACUGUCCAACUUUAGCUGUUCAACUUAUGAAACAAAACAUUGCAGAAACGCUUCACUUUCUCCUGUGUGGUGCCUCCAAUGGAAGUUGUCAGGAACAGAUUGAUCUUGUUCCACGAAGUCCUCAAGAACUGUAUGAACUGACAUCUCUGAUUUGUGAACUUAUGCCAUGUUUACCAAAAGAAGGCAUUUUUGCAGUCGAUACCAUGUUGAAGAAGGGAAAUGCACAGAACACAGAUGGUGCGAUAUGGCAGUGGCGUGACGAUCGGGGCCUCUGGCAUCCAUAUAACAGGAUUGACAGCCGGAUCAUUGAGGCAGCCCAUCAGGUCGGUGAGGAUGAGAUAAGCUUGUCCACUCUGGGACGAGUUUAUACUAUUGAUUUUAAUUCUAUGCAGCAAAUCAAUGAGGACACGGGAACAGCACGUGCCAUUCAGAGAAAACCUAACCCCUUAGCCAAUAGUAACACUAGUGGAUAUUCAGAGUCAAAGAAGGAUGAUGCUCGAGCACAGCUUAUGAAAGAGGAUCCAGAACUGGCUAAGUCUUUUAUUAAGACAUUAUUUGGUGUUCUUUAUGAAGUGUAUAGUUCCUCAGCAGGACCUGCGGUCAGACAUAAGUGCCUUAGAGCAAUUCUUAGGAUAAUUUAUUUUGCGGAUGCUGAACUUCUGAAGGAUGUUCUGAAAAAUCAUGCUGUUUCAAGUCACAUUGCUUCCAUGCUGUCAAGCCAAGACCUGAAGAUAGUAGUGGGAGCACUUCAGAUGGCAGAAAUCUUAAUGCAGAAGUUACCUGAUAUUUUUAGUGUUUACUUCAGAAGAGAAGGUGUAAUGCAUCAAGUAAAACACUUAGCAGAAUCUGAGUCUUUGUUGACAAGUCCACCAAAGGCAUGUACGAAUGGGUCAGGAUCCUUGGGAUCCACAACUUCAGUCAGCAGUGGGACGGCCACAGCUGCCACUCACGCUGCAGCUGACUUGGGAUCACCCAGCUUGCAGCACAGCAGAGAUGAUUCUUUAGAUCUCAGCCCUCAAGGUCGAUUAAGUGAUGUUCUAAAGAGAAAACGACUGCCAAAACGAGGGCCAAGAAGGCCAAAGUACUCACCUCCAAGAGAUGAUGACAAAGUAGACAAUCAAGCUAAAAGCCCCACCACUACUCAGUCACCUAAAUCUUCUUUCCUGGCAAGCUUGAAUCCAAAAACAUGGGGAAGGUUAAGUGCACAGUCCAAUAGCAACAACAUUGAGCCAGCACGGACUGCAGGAGGUAGUGGCCUUGCCAGGGCUGCCUCAAAGGAUACCAUCUCCAAUAAUAGAGAAAAAAUUAAAGGUUGGAUUAAGGAGCAGGCACAUAAAUUUGUCGAACGUUAUUUCAGUUCUGAGAAUAUGGAUGGAAGCAACCCUGCCUUGAAUGUCCUUCAGAGACUUUGUGCUGCAACCGAACAACUCAACCUCCAGGUGGAUGGUGGAGCUGAGUGCCUUGUAGAAAUCCGUAGCAUAGUCUCAGAGUCAGAUGUUUCAUCAUUUGAAAUCCAACAUAGUGGAUUUGUGAAGCAGCUGUUGCUUUAUUUGACAUCUAAAAGUGAAAAGGAUGCUGUGAGCAGAGAAAUCAGAUUAAAGAGAUUUCUUCAUGUAUUUUUUUCUUCUCCACUUCCUGGAGAAGAGCCCAUUGGAAGAGUGGAACCAGUGGGUAAUGCACCUUUGUUGGCAUUAGUUCACAAGAUGAACAACUGCCUCAGCCAGAUGGAACAGUUUCCAGUCAAAGUACAUGAUUUCCCUAGUGGAAAUGGGACAGGAGGCAGCUUUUCUCUCAACAGAGGAUCACAGGCUUUAAAAUUUUUCAACACACAUCAAUUAAAAUGCCAGUUACAAAGACAUCCAGACUGUGCAAAUGUGAAGCAGUGGAAGGGUGGACCUGUCAAGAUCGACCCUCUGGCUUUGGUACAAGCCAUCGAGAGAUACCUUGUAGUUAGAGGGUAUGGAAGAGUAAGAGAAGAUGAUGAAGACAGUGAUGACGAUGGAUCAGACGAGGAAAUAGAUGAGUCUCUGGCUGCUCAGUUCCUAAAUUCAGGAAAUGUAAGACACAGGCUGCAGUUUUAUAUUGGAGAACAUUUGCUGCCAUAUAACAUGACCGUGUAUCAGGCAGUACGGCAGUUUAGUAUCCAGGCUGAAGAUGAAAGAGAAUCCACGGAUGAUGAGAGCAAUCCUCUAGGCAGAGCUGGUAUCUGGACAAAGACUCAUACAAUAUGGUAUAAACCUGUGAGAGAGGAUGAAGAAAGUAAUAAAGAUUGUGUUGGUGGUAAAAGAGGAAGAGCCCAAACAGCUCCAACGAAAACUUCCCCUAGAAAUGCAAAAAAGCAUGAUGAGUUAUGGCACGAUGGAGUGUGCCCAUCAGUAUCAAAUCCUUUAGAAGUUUACCUCAUUCCCACACCACCUGAAAAUAUAACAUUUGAAGACCCGUCAUUAGAUGUGAUCCUUCUUUUAAGAGUUUUACAUGCUAUCAGUCGAUACUGGUAUUACUUGUAUGAUAAUGCAAUGUGCAAGGAAAUUAUUCCAACUAGUGAAUUUAUUAACAGUAAGUUAACAGCAAAAGCAAAUAGGCAACUUCAAGAUCCUUUAGUAAUCAUGACAGGAAACAUCCCAACAUGGCUUACUGAGCUAGGAAAAACCUGCCCAUUUUUCUUUCCUUUUGAUACCCGGCAAAUGCUUUUUUAUGUAACUGCAUUUGAUCGGGACCGAGCAAUGCAAAGAUUACUUGAUACCAACCCAGAAAUCAACCAGUCUGAUUCUCAAGAUAGCAGAGUUGCACCUAGAUUGGAUAGAAAAAAACGUACUGUGAACAGAGAGGAGCUGCUGAAACAGGCGGAGUCUGUGAUGCAGGACCUCGGCAGCUCACGGGCCAUGUUAGAAAUCCAGUAUGAAAAUGAGGUUGGUACAGGUCUUGGGCCUACACUGGAGUUUUAUGCGCUUGUAUCUCAGGAACUACAGAGAGCUGACUUGGGUCUUUGGAGAGGUGAAGAAGUAACUCUUAGCAAUCCAAAAGGAAGCCAAGAAGGGACCAAGUAUAUUCAAAACCUCCAGGGCCUGUUUGCGCUUCCCUUUGGUAGGACAGCAAAGCCAGCUCAUAUUGCAAAGGUUAAGAUGAAGUUUCGCUUCUUAGGAAAAUUAAUGGCCAAGGCUAUCAUGGAUUUCAGAUUGGUGGACCUUCCCCUUGGCUUACCCUUUUAUAAAUGGAUGCUACGGCAAGAAACUUCACUGACAUCACACGAUUUGUUUGACAUCGACCCAGUUGUAGCCAGAUCAGUUUACCACCUAGAAGACAUUGUCAGACAAAAGAAAAGACUUGAACAAGAUAAAUCCCAGACCAAAGAGAGUCUACAGUAUGCAUUAGAAACCCUGACUAUGAAUGGCUGCUCAGUUGAAGAUCUAGGACUGGAUUUCACUCUGCCAGGGUUUCCCAAUAUCGAACUGAAGAAAGGAGGGAAGGAUAUACCAGUCACUAUCCACAAUUUAGAGGAGUAUCUAAGACUGGUUAUAUUCUGGGCACUAAAUGAAGGCGUUGCUAGGCAAUUUGAUUCGUUCAGAGAUGGAUUUGAAUCAGUCUUCCCACUCAGUCAUCUUCAGUACUUCUACCCGGAGGAACUGGAUCAGCUCCUUUGUGGCAGUAAAGCAGACACUUGGGAUGCAAAGACACUGAUGGAAUGCUGCAGGCCUGAUCACGGUUACACUCAUGACAGUCGGGCUGUGAAGUUUUUGUUUGAGAUUCUCAGUAGUUUUGAUAAUGAGCAGCAGAGGUUAUUUCUCCAGUUUGUGACUGGUAGCCCAAGAUUGCCUGUUGGAGGAUUCCGGAGUUUGAAUCCACCUUUGACAAUUGUCCGAAAGACAUUUGAAUCAACAGAAAACCCAGAUGACUUCUUGCCCUCUGUAAUGACUUGUGUGAACUAUCUGAAGUUGCCGGACUAUUCGAGCAUUGAGAUAAUGCGUGAAAAACUGUUGAUAGCAGCAAGAGAAGGGCAGCAGUCGUUCCAUCUUUCCUGAUCACAACAAGAAGUGCAGUGUCUGCCUGUUACAGCAAAAGAAACAAAUCAUGAUUUCUUUCCUAAUGUAUCACCUGAGUCAAGGAAACAUGUUACGCCUUCUUGUUGUAGGAAAAACGGCUUGCAGAUUAUAAAGAGACAUUUGGUUGAUAUUCAUUAAUGGCCCCAUGGACUUAAAGUGAUCAGGCCCUAAAACGUUGUUGUGAUGAGGUUUCUUUAGCAAGUUCUUGUUUAAAUUAUCAUUUAUUUGAUGAGUGAAGUUUUUAACAUGCUUUGCUGUGUGAAAUUUAAAAAAGGGAUGUUUUUCCAGGCUGGAACAAUAAAUGUCGCUGUGCAGUUUAAUUCUGGGCUGUGUGUAUCCAUCUAGCCAAGUCUGCAGUUCUCUUUCCUCCAAAGACAACUCUUGUACAUAAGUACAGAAAUUUAAGCUCACAUGUAUUUGACAAAUAUCGUUUAGUAGACUAGCUCUAUGUGCUUUUCACUUUCCUCUGAUUUUCUCUCCCUGAUUCAUUAUUGUCUGUGCAGCUCACAGUUGUUUUUGUAUACAACUCACAGUUCUCCAAUUUUCAUUACCCAUGGGCUCGUGACCCAUGGGUUCAUUGUCCCAUGUUCUGUCCAGAUCUAAUUUAAAAUUCGUUGGAUGGAAAUAUAUUGAAUAUAAUUCAGCUUUUGUAACUAGGUAGACUUUUCUUAUAGUUUAGUUUGAAUAUAGUUUAGGGUAUUACUGGCUUUUUGCCAGGUGACACACUAGGACUAUUUCCAUGGCAAUUCCAGCAGCAACAGCCUCUGGAGUGAGACAGGGAGAGCUCAUUUGUUUCUUUUAUGAAGGUGAAGAAGUCUACAGCUUGGGCUGGCCAGUAUUUAUUAUUCUGUGGCCAGAGCAUUUUAAAUUAAUGUAAAAUUUUUAAACAGACUGAGCAGUUUUCCUUCCCUGUUGGAGUAAAAAAAAAAAAAAAAAUUUUCCCUUUGUUUUUGUUUUACGUUUUUGUUCAUAGUCUUCUUUAUUCCACGCUCCUCUUCCCCUUCUCCCAGUGCUGACUUGGGACAAAACAGUUCAGCCUUUGUCUCGACGCAGAUAAAAGCACCUGUAAGCAAUGCUGUCCAGUCGUUUUAUGUGCUGAUUUCUCAAAUCUGCAAUAAUCCAUCAGGUUAAUGUUUUUACCUGAAAAUAAAGAAAGUUUGCUUCA